AUGAAACUGGGGGCAGCACAUCUGAAGAGCACCAGGUUGGGGAAGGCUGUUAUUAACUCUACCCUGCACAUUGUUCUCCACUCUACCUCCCCAGACAGCUGUCAGCAGCUGGAAAGUAGUUUGGAUUCUGAGCACCCCCAAGGUGGUAGCAGCCAAGAUCUGGAUGAGUCCCAAAUCCAUUUGCAGCUGAAGCGCAAACUGCAAAGAAACCGAACUUCUUUUACCCAGGAGCAAAUAGAGGCACUGGAGAAAGAAUUUGAGCGUACUCAUUACCCUGAUGUCUUUGCCCGUGAACGCUUGGCAGCAAAAAUUGAUCUCCCCGAAGCCCGGAUCCAGGUCUGGUUCUCCAACCGCAGAGCUAAAUGGCGUCGGGAAGAGAAACUGCGGAACCAGAGGCGCCAAGCAGGUGGCACUGGGGGGCACCUGAUCAUAAACAGCAGUCUUGGCACUGUGGGCAGUGCUGUCUACCAGUCACUCCCCCAGCCUGUAGGGUCAGGUGCUAUGUUGGGCCAUACAGAAAGUGUCCUCAGCAACACCUAUGGUUCUCUUCCACCUUUGCCCCCCUUCUCCAUGGCCAACAACAGCCUCCCUAUUCAGCAGGCAGUGCCCCCUGUUGCCAGCCAGACUUCGUCUUAUUCCUGCAUGCUCCCUGGCAGCCCGUCGGUGAGAAGUUAUGAUUCAUAUGCGCCCUCCCAGCUCCCCUCUCAUAGUCUGAACUCCAGCAGUGGGACCUCUACCGGGUUAAUCUCUCCGGGAGUGUCAGUUCCUGUUCAAGUCCCAGGCGGGGACUCUGAUCUUGCCCAGUAUUGGCCACGACUGCAAUGAACAUGAAAGUGGAGGAGGAAAAAAACAAACAAGCCAAAAGGAAGGGAAGGUUAAUGGAGAGAAAAGGGCUUUUCCUCUGCAAGGGGAAAUAUGGGAGUGGGUGAAAAAAUCUCUGGGAGGGGACAGUAGAGAGGGAGAGCUUCCCUGCCCUUCCCCCUUUCUGUCUCUAAGUUAGGCAACUGUAUCUGUCUUGGUUCUAAAGCAGUGUUUCUCAACCUGGGCAACUUGACGACGUGUGGACUUCAGC